AUGGCCGACAACACAAACACCGGCACCAACCGCCGCCGCUCGUCCGCAUCCGAGCGCUUUGCUUCCCUCCAGGCCCACAAGCGGGACGCGGGCAACGAGCGUGCAUCUGCUGCGCGCGCAAGCUUCUCCGACCAGCGGCCUGCCCCCGGCUUCCUCGGCAAGAUGUGGAACGACUUCACCCGCGGCCCUGCAACAACAUCCAAUUCGAAUGCCGCUGGAGCCGGGGCUGGGACUGGGAGUGCAUCCGGCGCCAGCAGCGGCACCAAGUAG